UCCCCCAUUGCUUUCCUCUGAGGUUACGUCUCCCACUGUUGCAGGAGAAAAUAAGCGGAAAGAAAUAAUAAUAUUAUUGUUGAUAAAGUGAUAAGUGAAUGCUUGUUAUUCACUCAUCAACCGAUUUGGUGUGAUUGGGUUUUGGGCAGAGAUUGAUCCCAUCUUGAAAAAUGGUACAACUCAAGUCCAGCAAACCGCUGAGUGUGAGCUUCAGAAUCCCGUAUUACACUCAGUGGGGCCAGAGCCUGGUGGUGUGCGGCUCCGAACCGGUGCUGGGUUCAUGGAAUGUGAAGAGGGGUCUGCAGUUGAGUCCUGUUCAUCAGGGUGAUGAGCUCAUAUGGUUCGGCACCCUCUCUAUCCCCAAAGGCUUUGGCCCAUGCGAAUACAGUUACUACGUUGUGGAUGAUGACAGAAAUGUUGUGCGAUGGGAGAUGGGAAAAAAGCGUCGCCUUCUGUUGCCUCAGACCUUUGAGGGAGGAGAGCAGCUUCACUUGCAUGACUUUUGGCAGGUUGGUGCCGAUGCACUUCCUUUCAAAAGUGCCUUCAAGGACGUCGUCUUUCGUAGAGAGUGCACUUUGGAGAUUGAGAAACCUCUUGGGCUCAUCCAAAAUUCAUUGCAGAAUGAUGAUUCUCUUCUCGUCCACUUCAAAGUUUGCUGUCCAAAUUUACAAGAAGGAACACCGAUUUACAUUAUUGGUAGUUGCUCAAAGCUAGGGAAUUGGAAGGCGCAGGAUGGGCUUAAACUAUUUUAUGCUGGUGAUUCAACUUGGCAUGCAGACUGUGUCUUGCCCAAAGGGGACUUCCCGAUAAAAUAUAAGUACUGUAAAUGUAGCAAAGGAGGAAACAUUUCUUCUGAAACUGGUCCAAACCGCGAAAUUGCUCUCGACUCGUCAAUUACUGAACCGAGAUAUCUAUUCCGUUCAGAUGGCAUGUUGCAAGAACUGCCUUGGCGGGGUGCUGGUGUUGCAAUCCCAAUGUUCUCUGUUAGAUCAGAAACUGAUCUUGGUGUCGGAGAGUUUCUUGACCUGAAAUUACUUGCUGAUUGGGCUGUAGAGUCUGGCUUUCAUUUAGUUCAGCUCUUACCCAUAAAUGACACAUCUGUGUAUGGAAUGUGGUGGGAUUCAUAUCCUUACAGCUCACUUUCAGUAUCUGCCUUGCAUCCUUUAUACUUGAGAGUACAGGCACUUUCAGAAAACAUCCCCAUGGAUAUCAAGGUAGAGAUUCAGAAGGCAAAAGAAGAAUUGGACGGAAAGGAUGUUGAUUACGAGGCUACCUUGAUCACUAAACUCUCAAUUGGAAAGAAAAUAUUUGCCCAAGAGAAGGACAAGAUUCUCACCUCCAAUUCCUUUCAGAAUUUUUUUUCUGAGAAUCAGGAAUGGUUAAAACCCUAUGCGGCCUUCUGUUUUUUGCGGGACUUCUUUGAAACAUCAGAUCACAGCCAAUGGGGUCGGUUUUCCCAGUUUUCAAUAGAAAAGCUAGAGAAACUCAUCUCGAAAGACAGCAUUCACUAUGGUGUAAUUUGCUUCCAUUAUUACAUCCAAUAUCAUUUGCACAUGCAGCUGUCGGAAGCUGCAGAAUAUGCAAGAAAGAAAGGAGUAAUAUUGAAAGGAGAUCUGCCUAUAGGUGUCGGAAGAAACAGUGUAGAUACAUGGGUCUAUCCAAAUUUGUUUCGCAUGAACACUUCUACUGGAGCUCCUCCAGAUUAUUUUGAUAAAAAUGGUCAGAACUGGGGUUUCCCUACUUACAAUUGGGAAGAGAUGGCGAAAGACAACUAUGCCUGGUGGCGUGCUCGAUUGACACAGAUGGCAAAAUACUUUACAGCUUACCGGAUUGACCACAUAUUGGGGUUCUUUCGCAUCUGGGAACUCCCAGAGCAUGCCAUGACUGGUCUCGUUGGAAAAUUUCGACCUUCCAUUCCUCUAAGUCAGGAAGAACUUGAAAGAGAUGGCAUAUGGGACUUUGAUCGCUUGGCUCGUCCAUAUAUCCCACAGGAACUUUUACAGAUAAAGUUUGGAGAUUCAUGGACUUUUAUUGCUUCAAGUUUCCUGAAUGAAUAUCAGAAGAACCGCUAUGAGUUUAAGGAGGACUGCAACACUGAGAAAAAAAUUGCUUCCAAGCUGAAGUCAUUUUCAGGAAGAUCUUUGUUGCAGAAUGAAGAUCAUAUUAGACAGGAGCUCUUUGAUAUUUUACAGAAUAUAGUUCUGAUAAGAGAUCCAGAAAAUCCGAGGAACUUCUAUCCUCGCUUCAAUCUUGAAGAGACUUCAAGUUUUAAGGAUUUGGAUGAUCACUGCAAGAAUGUACUGAAACGGCUAUACUAUGAUUACUACUUUCAUCGUCAAGAAAUUCUUUGGCGUGAAAAUGCAUUGAAGACACUGCCUGCUCUGUUGAACUCAUCUGAUAUGCUAGCCUGUGGGGAAGAUCUGGGGCUUAUUCCUUCUUGUGUUUAUCCUGUGAUGCAAGAACUGGGAUUAAUAGGUUUACGCAUUCAACGUAUGCCUAGUGAACCUGGUCUGGAGUUUGGUAUCCCUUCUCAAUACAGUUAUAUGACGGUGUGCGCUCCAUCAUGCCAUGACUGUUCAACGUUACGUGCUUGGUGGGAAGAAGAUGAAGAAAGGAGGCAGCGAUAUUUUAGCAGCAUGGUGGGAUCUGACUUGUUGCCACCGAGUCGCUGUGUUCCAGAGAUUGCAAAUUUCAUCAUACGGCAACAUUUUGAAGCUCCAUCAAUGUGGGCAAUUUUCCCUCUUCAGGAUUUGUUGAUAUUGAAAGAAGAAUACACAACACGCCCUGCAAAAGAGGAGACAAUCAAUGACCCCACAAAUCCGAAGCAUUAUUGGAGAUACCGUGUGCAUGUGACAUUGGAGGCUUUGAUCAAGGACAAAGAGCUCACAUCAAUCAUCAAAGACCUCGUGCUUGGAAGUGGAAGAUCGCAUCCGGGGAAACAUGCUGAGAAACAAGUGAUUCCGGAAUCAGCUAUUGCAACCACAGAGAAAAAGCAGAUUGCCAGCGGCAAGGAAAAGGCUAACGUUGCAACUCCACUUAAUGGAGUUCCGCGGAAGGAGGCUGUGGCUGUUCCUAACUAAUAUAUCAUGCCCAAUGUGGCAAAAUAAAGUGAUUCUGGAAACCUCUGUACUAUUGUAAUCAACCACAGGUCGCAAUGAGAGCUGAAAAUAAGCCGACUGUCAACCAGAAUAUGCAUUUUGCUUUGCAAAGUCAUAAGCCACGGUAGACAAUAUAUAGCAUUAAAUAAUAAUGUCUUGGCCAAUUAAUUGCCAAUUUAAGGGGUUGCAUCGCU